CCACUACUCUUGGUGAUGCUGGUGCCCGCGGAUAUGCAAGGUGCACAGUCACGCAUGCUGUACCAGGUCAACAAGUACUCCAGCGAGCGAGUGGCCGCCCGCCGGGCAGCUGUUGCAAAGACACUGCGAGAAGUGGUCAAGGUCGUGCAGGAUGUGCUGAAGGAAGUGGAGGUGCAGGAGCCUCGGGUGAUAUCCUCCUUGGCGGAGGUCAACGGACGCUUCGAGGGCCUCAACGUCGUCUCCCCCACCGAGUUCGAGGCCAUUCUCUACCUCAACCAGAUGGGUGAAUUUAACUUCGUCGACGACGGCAGUAUCCCCGGCAGCGCUGUUCUUAAACUUAGCGACGGCCGCAAGCGGUCCAUGUCACUGUGGGUGGAGUUUAUCACCGCGUCUGGCUACCUUUCCGCGCGGAAGAUGCGGUCAAGACUCCACACACUCGUGGCCCAAUCCAUAGACAAGUGCACCUACCGCGACUCCGUCAGGAUGGUUGGGGACACGAGCGAGGUGCGGCUGCGGGUGCGGGACCGCUAUGUGGUGCAGAUAACGCCAGCCUUCAAGUGCUCUGGCGUAUGGCCCCGCUCCGCCGCACACUGGCCCUCCCCGCAUGUUCCUUGGCCGCCGCCAAGCCUCGUGGCCGAGGUCAAGACCGAGGGCUUCGACCUCCUGAGUAAGGAGAGCGGCACGGUCGCCGGCAAGAACGGAGGGGGACUCGAGGGUGACGCUUGGGUCUUAUCCUUCAAUGACGCUGAAAACCGCCUGCUGUAUGGGGCCUCCCGCAAGCGGUGUUUGGCCAUCCUGAAGACCCUGCGGGACCGCCACCUGGACCUGCCAGGGGACCCCGUGCCCGCCUACGCCGUCAAGACCCUCAUGCUGUACGAGUGUGAGAAGCACCCGCGGGAGGCAGAGUGGGACGAGGGGGCGCUGGGUGACCGCCUGGUGGGGAUAUUCCUACAGCUUAUUACAUGCCUUCAGUGCCGCCGCUGCCCGCAUUAUUUUCUCCCCAACAUCAACCUCCUGCGGGGGGCGUCGCCGCCUGCGCUGGAAUCUGCCGCCAAACAGGCAUGGAGACUCACGCGGGAACUCCUGACGAAUUCAAAAAGUUUGGAGAAGCUGUGAGGUCGCCCGCCAAUUCUUAUGUGGCCGCCCAUAUCACAACCGGAGGCCGGCACUCGUGACCCAUAGUGGCGGGUACCCAUAACCCACUCAACUGCGGCCACCCAAAUCUCAACUGAGGGCUGCCACCAACACCCCCACCCAGCGGCGGCCACCCACACACCACCCAUCAGAGGCCACCCACGUCCCCACCCAUCAGAGGCCACCCACACCCCCACAAGGCGGCAGCCACCACACCCAACCCAUCAGAGGCCACCCACACCCCCACCCAUCAGAGGCCACCCACACCCCCCACUCGACAGCGGCCACAUGAACCGUGGGUGUGCGAGAGAGGGUGGAGAGGCGUGGGGCGGCCGGCACGCGCCACACUGUAAAUAGUGUACAUAGUGAGUGUGUGUAAUGUGUGUGUGUGUGCCAAACUUUAGCUCUGCUCCGACCCGUGUGUGACCAUACCUCUACCAGUGGCUUCUAGUUUUGCGAAAAUACCUUCAACAUAUAUUAUUCUUAUUUAUAUGCACUGUGGUCCGUCGCGGUGCUCAGUUUAUUGCAGCUGUGAUAAGUUUGUGAGUAGUUUUAUAUGUAAAUAGUUCUCUGGUCAUCUUGAAACAUUUAAGGUAGACAUUGUAUGUCUCUGUUGUGUGUCGUUGAGGUGUAGUAAACUGUGGGAAGAGUGCGAGGGGGUUGAGAGACUCUCCCUGUGAGCACAGAGGGGGUUGAAAACCCCUCAUUCAUGUAAGCAGAGAGGGGGGGGGGCUGGGAUCCUCUCCCCCGCCCCCUCUCUACAGCCCUGCAACCCCCCUCUCCGUUGCACAAGACUGACUGACUACUUCACCGCCCGUGAUCACUAAUGAUGACACUCCAAGUGUAAGUAGGCGAGCUUAAGUAGCUUGGCUCACUUCUGGGUACCUUAAACCCCCUCCCCCCUCCCCCCCCCAGGGGGGCUACCCACGGGGACUGGCACUCUCUCACACACUUCCCACGAGGGCUGCCACUCCUAGAGACACGUUCCCCCAGGGGCUGGCACUCUCAGAGACGCUCCCCCCCCCCUGGGGCCGGCACCCCCCCCCUCCCCCCUCCCCUCUCGCCUACCUUUAUCAUGUCAAUGUGUAGCUCCCUGUGUUUAGUCAGCCCUUGAAGAUUUUUUUUUAUAUGCAUAGUGACAAGCAAAAAAUUUAAAAAUGUUAUUUUGUUACAUUAUAACCUUAGGACUAAUUGAUGGCUCGUGUGAGCUUGAGUGACACUUGACAAGUCUGGCGUCAGGUGUUUGCCGAGCCGAGGAGGAUCUCCGAGUGCUGUGUGUACUUAACAACCAGACUGUUGCUGUUGGGCGGUGGCAUCAUCGCCUCGCCUCUCACUCACCUCCACUAAAGUCACUCAUUCCCUUAUUUAUUGACUUGUAUAAUAUUGUAGAAUCUUUGUUAAAUACAAGAGUCAAACAAA